AUGUCUGGCAACGACGAAUCGCUUGCCCAGGUCUUCCAAAAGGCCGAAGCCCUCUUCCUCGACAUCCAAAAGUCAACCCUCGCCUCAAACUCUGAUGAGUACCAGUCAAAAGUGAACCAGUCGAUCAGGGGAUUCGACCUGUCUUCCAGGAUGGUGCGCCAGCUCAGCUUAUUCAGUGAUAACGAAUUCAUGGAGGACAUCAGCACCAAGGACCUUCGGUUCUUAUUGACAGAAUACUACCUGGGAGAACUUUUCUUGAAGCGUGUGACCCCUGACCGUCUCGCCGAUCUGAACAGUGGCAAGGAGCACUUGGAUCACUUUUUGUUGCAAUGCGAAACACACGACAUCCUGACACCAUCGGACAAAAAGUACCUGGAACAACUGACGACGAAUGCACCCAAGGAUGCUGCCACACGACGAGGCGAGAAGAUUGCACGAUUUAAGCGUGAAAAGGAGAUGCGGAAUCAGAUCGAGGAGUUUCACAAGAUUCUGGGAACGACGAAUAGUGGAUACGAGGGCGAGUUGAGCUCCGAGCUGGAGGACCAAUAUCGAGACUUUAUUCUUCUUCAUCUUCAGUACGCCAUCUUCCAAACUAUGGAGCAGCUGGUUGGCAUUCAACAGGAGAUCCCCAUGUUACAGCAGAUGGCAGAACGGAGAGCAGCACAAGGGUCGAACGACAAUCGAGCCGCAAAUCGAGCCGCAGAUGACACAAGUGACGGCAAAGUUGACAGCACCAUCUGGAAUGCGACAGGACCCCUCAUGGACCCCCAAGGACGUCCUCUUCGACCCUUUAUGAUUACCAACAAACGCGCCGAGAUGAUGAAGGGUGUCUUCCGUCCCGGCCAUAGCUUACCUACCAUGUCGAUUGAGGAGUACCUCGACCAGGAGAUGGAGCGGGGUAACUUUUUGUCUGGAGGCACUGAGGAGCCUAAGAAGAAGGAGGCGGAUGAUAAUGAUGAGGAUGCCGUCAAUGCCGAGACGAUAAAGGCGCGCAACUGGGAUGAUUUCAAGGACGAUAACCCCAAGGGAUGGGGCAACAAGGGUGGUCGUAUCGGAUAA